AUCGGAGCUCACAGUCUCCACCAAUAAUUGAUAAUUCUCCUCCUAAUCCUCUCUGUACUCAAGCUGGCACCACUGUCUCCUUCUUCCUCUCUAAAUCCUUAAACCCUAGCAAGCAAACAAACAAACAUACAUUCACGCUUUUCUCAUUUCUCAUUCUUCAUUCUAUUAAUUCUUUUUCAAAUUAUGCUUCUCCUACUCUCCUUUCUCACUCUCUCAAUGGCCACUGCCGCCGAUGACGAUUCAAUUUACCAGAUCCUUAAAGCCCACGGCCUCCCCAUGGGCCUUCUCCCCAAAGGAAUCCGCCAAUUCAGCUUCGACAAUACGGGGCAUUUUGAGGUCUUUUUGGAUCAAGCGUGCAAUGCGAAAUUCGAAAACGAAUUGCACUACGAUAGAAACGUUUCCGGUACUUUGAGCUACGGUCAGAUCGGGUCCUUGUCGGGCAUUUCCGCCCAGGAGUUGUUCUUGUGGUUUCCAGUUAAGGGAAUUCGAGUCGAUAUCCCGAGUUCGGGUGUUAUUUAUUUUGACGUUGGUGUUGUUUUUAAACAGUUCUCGUUGUCUUUGUUUGAAACGCCCAGAGACUGCAUGGUUGUACGAUCUGAUAAUGAUGACCUGCUUCGAGAUGGGAAGCUUAUUGCUCAAACUCUUUUAAAGCUUGAUCAAGAAACUGUUGCGAGGGAUUUUAUUUAGGGAGAGAGUGAUAGACAUUUCGUUCAGUAGCUCAAUCAACUAGCCUUGGGUUCUCUGUUUCCCAUUGUAAAAAAGAAAGUGGUCGAAUGCUGCUUUAGAAGAUCCUGUGCUUCAGUUUUGUGUGAUUGCUUGCAUUUUCUUAUCCAUAUGAUCCGAAGUCUGCAGACUAGUUAAGCCAGCUCUUGUCUAUGCAAGGAGGCCAGUGAAUCUGAAAGAGAAACAUUAAACGAGGCUUAUUCUUUGAAAUAUUAAGAGAGGCUGGACAUAAUUUGGUUGAGGUGAUUUCAGGUGAUAAUUCUGCAAGAUAUAAUUUUUUUUUCUCAGUUUUGUAUGUUGAAUUUAUUGUAUUAUCAAUACAAGGAUGGAUGGUAUAUUGAGUGUCUUUUUCUAGUAUAAGUUUUAGGUUGAACAAGAGACACAUGCCUUGAUGAAUUGUGAUAUAAGAAUUGAAAUAAUAAAGCUCUAUUUCUUAAUGUCA